AUGGAAGUACAGCAUACCUCCACCGGCCUUCUACUCAAUCAAGCCAAGUUCACUCAAGAGAUCCUGCAACGGUCUAAGAUGACCGAAGCUAGAGUUGCACCUACUUCUUGCACCACCGAUGAACCAUUAUCUGCUCAAUCCGGUGAUCCUAUGCCUGAUCCUAUACUUUAUCGCAGCAUUGUUGGAGCUCUUCAGUACCUCACACUCACACACCCUGAUAUAUCUUACUCUGUGAACACCGCCUGUCAGUUCCUUCAUGCUCCCACCAUCAUAGUUGGCAAGCUGUCAAGCGGAUCCCGCGCUAUCUUGCUAACACUCCAUGGCACGGGCUACACUUCAUCUGCAUGUCAUCCACAGCUCUCCAUGCAUUCUCCAACGCCAGCUGGGCCGAUGACCGAGACAACCGACGUUCCGUUGGUGGCUUCUGCAUCUAUCUUGGUUCCAACCUUAUUUCUUGGAGUUCUCACAAACAACGAACAGUUGCUCGCUCUAGCACAGAAGCAAAAUACAAAAGCCUAG